AUGAAGAUAGCCAGCUACGUGUUUUUCGAUAUAGAAACGACAGGUCUGCCGUACCAAGAGCGCAACCAAACCAAAAUUACAGAACUCAGUUUCGUCGCCGCUUCGCGUAAUGAUUUGAAAAAAGCACCCAUUGGGAAAAAGCCCUACGUUAGCAAACUGAUACUUUUGUUUAACCCACAAAGAAGGAUACAUCCAGACUCAUCUGCUAUUACAGGAUUAACUAACGAAAUGCUGAAAAAUGCACCAAUUUUCGGCGAUAAGGCAGGGACAAUAAUUUCAUUCUUAAAUUUCAGUUUAGAAAAUUGGAUUAAAAACGACUUCUCAUUUCCGUCCGAUGUGGAUCCAUUUGUUUCACCACAAAUAAGUGUAAACACCUUAUCACCUAAGAAGCGCUGUGUAAAAAAGGAAACUGUGAAAGUAAAACUUAGUUUUAAAUUGACUGAUUUGUAUAAAAGGUUACUACAUAAGAAAGUUGCUAUUGCUCAUAGAGCUGAAGAUGACUGCAUGAUGCUUUUAGAAUGUGUUGUUGCUGAAAAAGAGUUUUUAAUCUGGACUGAUAAACAUUGUAAAAGUAUUCAUGAUAUUAAGCCUUUGGUGCGCUAUGGAUGA